AUGUUCAGUGUACGAUUAUAUCUGUUACAAAUAUUGUUAACGAUGAUGAUUAUGAUAAUAAAUAGUUUUGGUCAAAAACAAAUUUAUAAAUUUGAUACAAAAGAACAUGUUUAUCCAUUUAUGGCUGUUAUUAUUCAUAAAAAAAAUAUGUCAAUUGGUUGUGCUGGUGUUGUUGUUGGAAAUAAUGGUGAAAUUCUUGUUACAGCAGAUUGUAUGGAUAAUGUUGCUAAAAAUAAAGAAAAUUAUUUUGUUUAUAUUGGCCAUAAAAGAUGGAAUAAUGAUUAUAAAUUAAUUGAUAGCAAAUAUUCAUUCGAAAUUAAAGAAAUAAUAUUUCAUUUAAAUACUAAAGCAAAAAUUCAUGAAUCAUUCAAAGAUAUUAAUGGUAGUGAAUGGGAUAAUGAAAAUGAAAUUGAUCCUUCAGAAACAGAUCGUAUCAAUCAGAUUCCUUGGGUAUUUUGUAUACUGAUGUUGAUUGGUAUAUCGAUAAUUGCAUUUAUGGAAUGUAUGCGUAUUUAA